CCCAGCUGCAAAGCAGAACCACCGACUGAUUACGGUGGGGCAGUGUAACCGAAUGUGAUAAGAACGCCGGAGACGAGACCUACAGAUGCCCGGACUGGACAGGCAGAUGGAAACAGUUCUCACCGGUUCGCACGAGUGUGAAGUUGAAGAUCCACCGGCAGGAAUGGCGGCUACUAUCCAGAAUACUCUCAAAGUGGCGCUGAGGGGGCGCAUGAAGGAUGCACUCAAGUGCCUGGACGCGGAGACCAUUGCCCGGCAAUCCCAGGCAGUCAUGGCCAAGGUGCUGCAGAGUGAGAUUUUCCGCCAGGCCCAGCGGGUGAGCAUUUACCUGAGCACCACCUCUGAACUGGACACCACGGCGCUGCUCCUCGAGAUGUUUCGCCUGGAGAAGAUGGUCUUCGUGCCCACGUACGAGGGCAGCAAAAUGAAGAUGGUUCGACUGCGCGGUAUGGACGAGUACGAAAGUCUCCCUUUGACCAAGUGGAACAUCAAACAGCCGGACUUUAAGGAGGCACGUGAAGAUGCCAUGACCAACGGCCACGGCAUCGAUCUCUUUAUUGUGCCUGGGGUGGCCUUUACCCGCUGCGGAGGUCGCAUGGGCCAUGGAAUGGGUUACUACGACAAGUUCCUGAAGCAGCACGCGGACAAGUAUCCGCACAAGAAGAUCUCACUGAUGGCCCUGGCACUCAACGAGCAGAUAGUCAGCAAUGAGGAGCUGCCCAUGGACUCGCACGAUGUCCGUAUGCACAGUGUAAUUACAGAAAAUUAACGUUAAGCUUAAAUACAAAUUGGGGAAAAUACAGCGAUCAAUAUAGAA